AUGUCGGUGGAAGAAACAAUAAGUAAAAAAUUCUCAAAAUGUGAUAUGAAUGGACAUAAUUGGGUUACUGAAGAGGAAUUUCGUGUUGUUUUUCCUAGAGGUUAUCGUGAUUAUGACUUUAAAAGAAAGAAGAGCGAUGAACCACUUAUACAUUUAUCUUCAUUGUUGGAAGGGCAGAGUGUAUUACAUAAAAGUAUUUUAGUUGGCCAUUCAACAGACACGGAACUGCUCACAGAGCUGCUGCAAGACAAAAAAGACAUCCCCACAAGAAUGACUACACAUGACGGUCAACAGCCUGCGAAAAGAAUUAAAUUAGAUUCUUAUUAUUUUAAUAACCCUGAUAUACAAAAAAAUGGGUUAAAACAUUGCUUUAUUUGCAGUAACAUUUGUAACUGUAGUUUAUUAAGAUCAUUGAAACCUAAAGUAUCGAACGAAGUAUUGCCAUUAUUUUCUAAAGAGCUUCCAGAAUUGCCUGACAUUCAAUUAAUUGACAAUUUGAAUAAUAUUUCGAUAGAAUUGCUAACAGUAGGUGUAUACACACCGGAAUUGGCAUACGAAGAAAAUAAUAUAUCAGAUAGUGACACCCAAAUAUUGACAGAUGAUGAAUCUACAUUAACAGCCGAACACAAUGAAGAAACAAACUAUAUAGAUGAGGAAAAUUUGGUUUAUGAAAGUAGUCAAGUAAUUAUAUAUGGAAUUACAGAUACUCUUCAAAAAGUUGAAGACGAUUCAACUAUUAUAGAAAAUGAUAUCUGUGAAGAUCUUAAAAAUUAUUUCCAUAUAAACAAUGUCUUCGAUAUAUUUAAUGAAUCCAUGAGUGAAUGA